CUCGCUCUCUCUCUGCUUUUAAGGGAGACAACGAGCAGCACCAAAACACAGGGGACCCAGAGAUGGACGCAGAUGUUCUGGAGUGGGUCACCGCGGGUGACGUCGCUGGGAAGGUGAAUAUGCCGCAGGUGAAACAGGUGGGCCUGCUUGCCGCAGGCUGCCAACCCUGGAACAAGGAUGUCUGCGCAGCCAGUGGGGACAGAUUUGCAUAUUGUGCGACGCUUGCUAUAUAUGUGUACCAGCUCGAUCACAGGUACAAUGAGUUCAAGCUGAGAGCCAUCAUGUCCGAGCACAAGAAGACUAUUACAGCCAUAUCGUGGUGCCCACACAACCCCGACGUCUUCGCCAGUGCCAGUGCUGACAACCUGCUCAUCGUCUGGAACGUGCCGGAGCAGAAGGCAGUGACGAGGCUUGACAACACCAAAGGGAUACCCGCUUCCCUGAGCUGGUGCUGGAACGCUGGGGAUGCAGUUGCCUUCGUAUCCCACCGGGGCCCCCUUUACGUGUGGACCAUCUCCGGGCUGGACGCUGGCGUCGUCGUGCACAAGGAGGCCCACAGCUUCCUCUCAGACAUCUGCUUGUUCCGCUGGCACCCACUGAAGAAGGGCAAAGUGGUGUUUGGGCACACAGAUGGCAGCCUGUCCAUUUUCCAGCCGGGAUCCAAAAACCAGAAGCAUGUCCUGCGGCCAGAGUCACUCGAGGGCAGCGAUGAGGAGGACCCAGUGACGGCGCUGGAGUGGGACCCACUCUCCACCGAUUACCUGCUGGUGGCCAACCUGCACAAUGGCAUCCGAUUGGUUGAUUCGGAGUCCCUGACCUGCAUUACUACCUUCUGCCUUCCCAGCUCUGCUGCCUCUGUGCAGUGCUUGGCCUGGGUGCCCAGCGCCCCCGGCAUGUUCAUCACGGGGGAUUCACAGGUGGGAGUACUGAGGGUGUGGAAUGUGUCCAGAACGACCCCACUGGACAAUUUCAAGCUGAAGAAGACCGGCUUCCACACCCUGCACGUACUGAACUCUCCACCUGCCAAAAAAACCUUCGUCGCCGUUUCCCCCACCAAGAACCACCACACGUCAUCCACCAGUGAGGCCGUGCCCCCGCCGACGUUGUGCCAGAACCAUGCCUUCUCGCUGCCGCCAGGUCAUGUGGUCUGUUGCUUCAUGGACGGCGGUGUGGGCCUGUACGACAUGGGGGCCAAGAAGUGGGACUUUCUCAGGGACUUGGGGCAUGUGGAGACCAUAUUCGACUGCAAGUUCAAACCGGAUGACCCAAAUCUGCUUGCAACGGCAUCGUUUGAUGGGACAAUAAAGGUGUGGGACAUUAACACUCUGACGGCUGUGUACACAUCACCUGGGAAUGAGGGCGUGGUCUACUCGCUCUCCUGGGCCCCAGGUGACCUGAACUGCAUUGCCGGGGCCACGUCAAGGAAUGGCGGUUUCAUUUGGGAUGUGAAAAAAGGCAAAAUGAUCACAAGAUUUAAUGAGCAUGGGAAGAAUGGGAUCUUCUGCAUCGCAUGGAGCCACAAAGACUCCAAGAGAAUAGCCACGUGCAGCGGCGACGGGUUCUGCAUCAUCCGCACCAUCGACGGGAAGGUGCUGCACAGAUACAAGCACCCGGCGGCUGUGUUUGGCUGUGAUUGGAGCCAAAACAACAAAGACAUGAUUGCCACGGGCUGUGAGGAUAAGAACGUGCGAGUGUAUUACCUGGCCACCAGCUCAGACCAGCCACUCAAGGUGUUCACCGGACACACGGCCAAGGUGUUCCACGUGCGCUGGUCACCCCUCCGGGAGGGCAUCCUCUGCAGUGGCUCCGAUGAUGGGACGGUACGGAUCUGGGACUACACCCAGGACGCAUGCAUCAGUGUGCUUAGUGGGCACAGUGCCCCCGUGCGUGGCCUCAUGUGGAACACGGAGGUCCCGUAUCUGCUGAUCUCAGGCAGCUGGGACUACACAAUCCGCGUGUGGGACACUCGGGAUGGCACAUGCCUGGACACCGUCUACGACCAUGGUGCUGAUGUCUAUGGCCUCACCUGCCAUGCCAGCCGGCCCUUCACUAUGGCUUCCUGCUCUCGAGACUCCACCGUGAGGCUGUGGUCGCUCACGCCCCUCAUCGCCCCACUCCUGGUCAAUAUCUUGGCCGAUCACAGUUGGGAUGACAUCAUGGGCAACACCGAUCGUGCCAUGGUUCCGGGUGCCCCACCUCUGCUCUGUGGCAAAGUGUCCAGGGACAUCAAGCAGGAGUUGGACAAGCUGAGUGGUGACGUCCGGGUCAAGAAGCUGAGGUGGUUCUCCGAGUGUUUCUCUCCUCCUGGAGGCAGCCACAACCUGUGGGACCUGGUGGCGGUGAUAUCUGGCCAGGACGACAGCCUCCUGCCCCAGGGCUACGGGAAUGGCAUCAUGCACAUGAAGCACCUAGUCCGCUUUAAAACUUCAGAGGCCCAGGAGCUAACGAUAGUCAAGAUGUCCAAGUUUGGAGGUGGGAUCGGUGCGCCAAGCAAAGAGGAGCGGCUGAAGAGGGCAGCGGAGAUCCACCUGCGGUUGGGGCAGAUCCAGCGUUACUGCGAGCUCAUGGUGGAGCUUGGCCAGUGGGAGAAAGCCUUAUCUGUAGCCCCCGGCGUGUCCAUGAAGUACUGGAAGAAACUGAUGCAGAGGAGGGCUGACCAGCUCAUUCAGGAAGGAGAUGAUGAUGUUAUUCCAUAUUGCAUCGCCACGGGUGAUGUGAAGAAGCUGGUCAGCUUCUUUACCUCCCGGGGACAGCUGAACGAAGCCCUCGUAGUGGCUCAGGUUGCUUGUGAAGGGAACAUCCACAUACCUCAGACGUCCUCAACAAAAAUACCUGCUAACACUGAAGAUAACAAUGUGGAAAUGUAUAACGGGUUGCUGCAGCGCGUGAGCGGGGAGCUUGCAGAGUGGUACUUUCAGGACGGGCGGGCCGUCCUAGCCGCAUGCUGUCACCUGGCUGUGGACAACAUAGAGCUGGCCAUGGCGAGUCUGAUCCGGGGCAACGAGCUUGAGCUGGCCGUGUGUGCCGGCCUGGUGCUGGAGGAAGCGGCUGGUCCGACUACUCACUACGCCCUGGAACUACUAGCCAUGAAGUACAUGACAACCCCCACGUGCUUUCCAUGUGUUGGAAACAGGGAUCUGGCUGCUGACUUGCUGCGAAUGAUCCCAGACAACGAGAUCCUGUUAGUCAAGCUCUGUGCUUUUUAUCCCGGGAGCGCCAGUGAAAUCAAUGAUCUUCGCGAAAAAUGCAGUCUACCGUGUUUAGAGGAGUGCAACAACUUGGCCGAGGCCGCCCUCGCAGACGAAGAUACCUUCCAAGCUGUGAAGUACCUGCUUCUGAGCUCAGAGCCAGAGAGAGCCCUGCCUGUUGGGCUUGCGUUUGUUAAAGAUCAACUGAGCAGCCCAGACUGGACCUUGGACUCAGUCUACCCCAUUCUCGACCUCCUCAGCUACAUCCGGACGGACAGGCUUAUCCUUCCAAAGUGCAGUGAGGAGCGCAACCAGCUUCUCAUUCUGUGUGGCUACAUCGGCGCCCUGCUUGCCGUGCAAAGGCAGUACACCAGCGUCGUACCGGUGCUUUACGAGUACACCAGCCAGCUGCUGAAGAGGCGGGAGGUGUCGGUGCCGCUGCAGAUCGACCAGCUGUCCGCGGAGUUGGAGGCCUGGAGAGCGUGUACCCAGCCACCUUCCAAAUGCCCCGAGGCCAUGCUCGACACCCCACCGACCGAGAGCCAGAGGGCGGAGCAUGCGCUGCUAAUGAGCCGAAUUGGGGAGGAGCCACUGAAGGGGAUGGAGGGGCCUGACUACGUCACAGGAUCCAACCUUCCCAGUCACUCUGAUGUCCAGAUCUCCUGCUUCACUGGACUCAGGAUACAGGGGCCUGUGUUCUUCCUCGAAGAUGGGAAGUCGGCGAUCACACUGAACGACGCACUGAUGUGGGCGAAAGUGAAUCCAUUUUCGCCUCUCGGGACUGGGAUGCGUCUCAAUCCUUUCUGAGCACAGGCACAGACAGUCAGAUAUAGGCACACGCACACGCACACGCAAACACAUGUGCGCAAAAAUCGCGCUUGUAUCUGUCUUCUCUAGAAGGCAAAGGCUCGGACAGCUUUGGACCGAUCCAGGACCAAACUGUCAUAGAGCAGAAGCGAUUAAAUUGUUUAUUAAAUUGUAUAUUUGAGUGAUUUUGUGACAUUUUUAAAACCAAAACACUCAUUAGCUUAUACACAUCAGCUUAAUUCUUUAUGGAAAAUGAGAAAACACAAUUUAAAUAUUGUAUAUUUAGUUUUUUUUUCAAAUAUUUGUUGAAUAUUUAGCAAGUAAUACAUGAAUGUAACAUUUUAUUGUUUUAAUGCUAAAGAAUCAAUAUAUUUAAUCAAACUCUUGCUGGCCCAUUGUAGAGGGGACUGGGAAAGUACAGACCUUCAGUAUUACCAGAGUAAACCCUGUUUCCAAUGUCGAGGGUGUGUAAUUUCAAUAUUAAAAUCUGGAGUUGUGCUGAUCUGAUUUUAA